GGAAAAUACGAAAUGAGGCAACUGCGUGAUCUUACCGGUGUUUUUUUGUUCUUGAUGUCAACGAUACUGGUACGAGGCGAAAAGCAAAGCGAACAAGAUAUCGUUCAGUUUUGGAACACAAGCGAACUUAUAUGGACUGCUGUUACCACAUCCUCAGAGGCAAUCUUAUGCAAGGCCGACCUAAAAGUGGACAUUAGUGAAAACAACAUUACGUUUUACAGAGCAUAUGUAAGACGCUCAUGGUUUUACAAAAGAGAAUAUAAUGGAACAUUUCGCCAUUUUUAUCAGAACCUAAGCACCCCAUACGACUCCGUGAGAAUUCAAUCAAGAAAUGGACGUAACAAGGCCAGGGAAGUACUGCAUUAUCAAAGUAAAAACAACACAUGUGCCGUGGUCUGGACCAUAACUUCUAAAGGAUAUCAACUGAUAGCGGCCUACGACCUUCGAAUAAAGAAUUCGCAUAUCAAAAAAGGACAUUUUAAUAGUAGUGAAUGUUGGGAACAAUUCCAGAACGUCACUCGACGUAGAAGAAUACAACGAACGUAUUACCCAAACUGCCAAGACGUUCCCGAAAUAAGAUUAAUGAGCUCUGUUUUGAAAAUGAGGCGUCAAUAAACAAAAUAUUGUCUUAUAUUUAGUUCAAUGUU